UCAGUGUCGGCAACAUUCGUUUAACGUCAAACGUGAACUUCACAAAGAACCUUAUCGAUUCAAGGAGAAUACAUCUUGCCUCAGAGUGUUUUCUUCUAACGGUGUCUUCGUAGUAUGAUUUCCCGAUAUUCACUGUUUUGUUGUACGAGGAGCAAUGGAUCAUCCCCUUAAUAAGUAUUUUAUUUCUUUCACGUGGUAGGACUUACACCAUUGUAUAUAUUCACUUACUUGCACACACUUGAAAGCAUAUUCAGUGGAAAAAGCUAUUUUGUAUUUAUAAACAUCGAACCGAGAGCAAAAUGACUGGCGGUACCACCACUGAAAAGUCUGCUAACAACCCCUUGGAACAGUUUGUACUGCUUGCAAAAACUGUCAAAGGGGCAGCUGCCAUAGAACUGAUAAAACAAGCUGUAGAAACACCAGGUGUUAAUGUAUUCGGGGAGUUGUUAGACAUGCCCAAUAUCAAAGAGCUAGAGAGUGGGCCUUAUGUUCAAUACUGGAAUACUUUAAAUUUAUUUGCAUAUGGUACCUAUCGAGAAUACUUGGAGAACAAAGAUAAGGUUUUAGAGCUAACACCUACACAGAAAAAGAAACUACAGCAUUUAACUAUUGUAACACUAGCCACAAAGUCCAGAUGUAUACCAUACUCUGUGCUCCUCGACGAGUUAGAUAUAAAGAAUGUUAGAGAUUUAGAGGAUUUAAUAAUUGAAGCCAUUUAUGCUGACAUUAUACAUGGCAAGCUAGACCAAAAGAAUUCACAGUUAGAAGUAGAUUAUGCAGGCUUGGGAAGAGACGUUAGACCAGCCGAUACCAGAGUAGUGGCUGAAACAUUAGCUGCUUGGGGUCAGGCUUGUGAUACAGUGCUAGCAUGUAUUGAAGAGCAAGUUACUAGAGCUAAUCUCGAAAAGCAAAAAGCCACUAAUCAUAAAGAAAGAAUACAGAGGGAUAUUGCAAAUAUUAAGAAGUCAUUGGUAGCUCAAAUUGUUGGGGGUGGAGUGCAGGAGGCUGAUAUGCCUGGAGGUAGUUCUGGGGCUGGAGGAAGUGAAUCGAGUAGAGAAGCAUUAUCAAUUCCUCCAGAUCUAAAGAAGAAGCAAAUAAAGAUCAAAGGUAUGAAAAGCAGUGUCCUAUAUUAAUGUAAACCACAAUGUAUAAUGGUUAACAUAAUUGAGGAGUACCACUGUUAACCGAGGGAAAUGUUUUCAUUUUCAAAGAAACGAAUCCUGUAUAUAUACAGUUGAGCAACUGCAGAAUUAUUUAUCACUGUUAUCUUUGUUUAAUUUUCUUGUUGCAUUGAAUCUACAGAUUUUUUUUUUAUAUGAUGUUGUUUGUGUUAAAAAUAAAUGAAGAGGAGGUGAUAUAGUAUAAGCUGGUGAUAAAUAUUGAUUCUAAAUGGAGAAAUGGGAGAGAAAUGUAGAAUAAAAUUUUUUAUCAGAGAUCUCGUUCUUCAAGUGCUAUUUUUUAGUGGGAACAUUUCUCUUCAAUAGACCAAUUACAAAAUCCAAGCAAAGAGUCUCAUAAAAAAUCCUUAUUCUCCUUUUUUACCUUUCUUUAUAGAAUAGUCUGUUCCAUUGUUAGGAAGUAGCCGAAAGAUGAUAUAUAUUCAAAUAUGUAUAGGAAUAGAAAUUUCUCAUUAAUCUUCAGGGGCAUGGAGAUGUCGGGAUAGAUUAGGUUCCUACGAUGCAUAGAGUCUGCAAAUUUGCAUUUUAUUUGAUUUCGAAUCGGCACCGUUAGACCGUAAUUCUUUCAGUAUUUUUCUCCGAGUGUACGUCGAUGUCGAUCGUUUAUCAAAAUUGAUUGUUAGCGACUCGCAAUUAGCUCUGUAAUAAAAGGAUAAUAAAAUGGUCUUGUCAUGGGACAUAGACAUUUUUAUGAAUAAGCUUUCGAAUUUUGUAACAUUGUACGAAAGUUUAUAGUCAGACCAAAGAUUUUAUACUUUGCGUUGUCAGAGGUGCAGGGUUCGACGAUUUUUAUAGUCGGAUCGAGAAGCAGUUAACUGUAUCGUUUGUCAUUGCUCAAUGACGACAAGAUGUACAGGGUGUUGCAAUUUACUUGGUCUAUACAUAUUUCUUUUUACACAUCUUUAAUUGGUAGAAUAAAAUCUCUAUGGAAGAAAGCUUUGACGAACAGUAUACACAUUUGUGAUAUAGAGAUUUAAGAAGAUCUCUAUAUCACUGUUCAUUAUUAACUGCAAAAUAAUACAAAUUGCAGUGCCAAUGCGAGCACAUUCGGAUAUUCUAAUCAAUCAUUUUCUUCGAAUUUUCGUAAACAAUUGUUUACACAUUUUGAACGACCUGGUGAAUUUAUACACCCUAUACAUAUUCUCUAAAUCGCACAUACUCUCGUUUAAAAGAAUCUCGAUCCUUUCUUCACCGUUUGCAUCGAACCGUUCAUUCUUCCAUUCUCUUUUUCUAAAAGAAACAGGAUAUAUUUAGUCGUGAGAGAGUGAGAGAUUGUGGAGAGAGAGUGAGAGAGAGAGAAAGAGCAAAAUGUGGCUAGGCGAAGCGAUGAGGUGAAGGAUUAACGAAAAAAGGAAAGAAAGGAAGGUUCUAUGCUUCGGAGAGUGUAACAAUAUCGUUGCUUAGCGAAUGAAGAAUGUCAAGUCGAUUUUGAAAGCGUUGUAACUGCUAAUGGAAUAAACAAAUCAUUUAUUUUA